AUGAAGCGCAAGCUAGAUGAGAAUGAUGUCCCUACAUCAGCAGAAACGACGGAGUCGAAAAAGCCUGCAAGGAAUUUUGAGGACUUUGGACUCGAUCCACGACUGCUUCAGGCCUUGACAUCACAGAAAUUUUCGAAGCCGACAUUAGUCCAGGCGGAGGCUAUUCCUUUGGCGCUCGAUGGGAAGGAUAUACUCGAAAAUAUUGCAGAAGAAAGCGAGUUCUGUUCCAAGGAUAUACGGUCAGGGAAUCUCACACAGAAGGUUUCCGAUGCUGUCCAACGCGCGCUUCUUGCAGAUUUACCGGAUAUUGUUAUAUCUACACCCGCGCGAGCAAUUGUGAACGUCAAUAACUCAGCAUUGGCUUUGGACAACAUAUCACAAGUGGUUAUUGAUGAAGCUGAUUUGGUUCUCUCAUAUGGAUAUGAGCAAGAUAUGCAGAACCUGGCGAAAGCAAUUCCGCGUGGUGUUCAGACUUUCUUGAUGAGUGCUACACUGACGUCUGAAGUUGAUACUCUGAAGGGACUCUUUUGUAGAAGUCCUGCUAUCUUGAAACUUGAAGAGGCUGAGGACGAGGGCGCUGGUAUAAGCCAGUUCGCAGUGAAGUGUGCGGAGGACGACAAAUUUCUACUCACAUACGUGAUAUUCAAACUGCAGCUCGUGAAAGGCAAAUGCAUCAUAUUUGUCGGUGAUGUGGAUCGAUGUUAUCGACUCAAGUUAUUCCUGGAACAAUUUGGUAUCAAGAGUUGUAUCCUCAAUUCAGAAUUGCCAGCGAAUUCUAGAAUACAUGCUGUCGAGGAAUUCAACAAGGGUGUUUAUGAUAUUAUAAUUGCUGCCGAUGACCAAGAAGUCAUAGGGAAAAUCGAGUCAAACAAGAAGCCAUCCGAGAGGGAAGAGCCUAUUACUGAUGCUGCUACGGAAGAAAACAAGGAUCUCAGCGAACCUGAAGAAGUGGAAGAAAAGGCGGCACCAUCCAACAAAAACAAGAAACGAAAAAAGUCAGGAAAGGAGAAAGACUAUGGCAUUUCUCGAGGAAUAGAUUUCCAGGAUGUUGCAUGCGUCCUCAAUUUCGACCUUCCAACGACUGCUAAAUCAUAUACCCACCGGAUUGGCAGAACUGGUCGAGCUGGAAAAACCGGGAUGGCGCUUUCAUUUGUUGUUCCAUCUGAAUUGUAUGGAAAGCACAAACCAACCAUUUUCCCACCAGCGAAGAACGAUGAGUCUGUCCUUGCUAAAAUAGAGAAACGACAAGCGAAGAUGGGAAGAGAGGUGAAGCCCUACCACUUCGAUAAGAAGCAAAUAGAAGUGUUCAGAUACCGAAUGACAGAUGCCCUUCGAGCGGUGACUAGAAUAGCCGUUCAAGAAGCCAGGGCAAAAGAGAUUAGACAAGAACUUGUCAAGAGUGAGAAACUCAAGAGACAUUUCGAGGAGAACCCCCAAGAGCUACGCGAGUUACGCCACGAUCAGGAACUUGGGUCUGUGAGAGUGCAGAGCCAGUUGAAGAAUGUGCCGGAGUAUCUAAUGCCAACCAAGGGGAAGAGUUCAUUAACGAGUGAAGACAUUGGGGUUGUUGGGCUACACAAAAAGAAGGGGAACAGGAUUCGGCAGGCUAGACAAAAGAACAAGGCUCGAGGGAGAAUUGCAAAGAAAGGCGGCGCUGGACGAAAAAUUGAUCCAUUGAAGUCGUUCAAGUCAAAGUAA